CUUCUAUCCAAGCAAUGGAUCAGUCAUAGAUGGUGGGAACUAAUUGAUCUACUGAACUAAACAGAGCUCAAGUGGGACCCCCUCCCUUAUCGAUAAGCAACGCCAACCCAUCACUUUCGCUCUCUCCACCAAAGUCUACUAUCCAUCUUUCUCUCAACCCUCACUCAACCCCAUACUUGUGUUCCCAGCUCUCGAACCCAAUUCCCGUCUCCUAAACCUCAAGCAAUCAUGGUCAAACCCCUAACCUUCAAAGGCGACAAGCCCAAGACCAAAAAACGCAAAGCCGACACCUCCCUCCCGACCAGCACCUCUAAAAAGCCCACCACCGACCCCAACACCGCGGAGAACAUCCCCCAAGCCCUCGAGGACGAGAACCCGGAAGACCAAUCCUGGGUCUCCGCCGACGCACCCUCCGACAUCGCGGGGCCGGUCCUCCUCGUCCUCCCCAGCCAACCACCCACCUGCAUCGCCAGCGACGCGCACGGGAACGUCUUCGCCUCGGAGCUCGAAAACCUGAUCGAGGGAGACCCCAGCACGGCGGAACCGCACGACGUACGACAGGUCUGGGUGGCGACGAAGGUCGCGGGCGUGGAGGGGUGGAGUUUCAAGGGGUCGCAUGGGCGAUAUCUCUCCAGCGACAAACACGGCAUCCUCAGCGCCACCGCCUCCGCAGUUUCGCACUACGAAACCUUCAACGUCCAUUCCGCCGCGGUGCCGAGCACCUUCUCCAUCCAGACGGGGACCAGCGAGUCUGAGGAGAGUACCUUCAUCAGCGUGGCGGAGGUGCCCUCCAGGACGACCGCGUCGGGCGUGAAGCUCGAGGUGCGCGGCGAUACGGGGACGUUGUCGGCCGAUACGAGUCUCCGGGUACGGAUGCAGGCGCGGUUCAAGCCGAAGAUCAAGGCGAGCAAGGAGAUCAAGGCGCGGGAAAAGAUCAGUCGGAAGGAGCUGGAGGGCAUCGUCGGCAGGCGGUUGGAGGAGGACGAGGUGAAGAGGUUGAGGAAGGCGAGGAAGGAGGGCGAUUUCCAUGAGGUGGUUUUGGAUGUGAAGGUGAGGGGGAAGCAUGAUAAAUAUGCUUGAUGUUCUGGUCCGAAUCUCCAGGGGGGUGUUUGAAUAGAGUCCGGGAGAAAGGAAGGUAUAUGGUGUUCACUAAUGAUGCUAUAUAUGAAUGAGUACACAUGUUUUCUGUUAUUGAAUUGCAAAUAUU